AAACGCAGCAGAGGAGGCGUUAGAAAGUGAAUUGCAUUGCAGGGAAGGUGAUGAUGAGGAAGGGUGAAACGACGUCGUUUGAGAGGGAGCUGAAGAAGCGGAACGAGGAGCUGGAGGAGGAGCUGAAACGGAGCAAGGAGAGGGAGGACCACGUGAGGAGCCAGCUCCACGCCGCAUUGGAUCGCCUCUCCGUGGCGGAGGACGCGGAGGAACGCCUCUGCGCGCAGCUCGGUGACCUCGAAGCCGAAGCGCUGCUGCAGGCGCGUGACUACCACGCCCGCAUCGUUUCACUCGUUGAUCAGCUCUCACAAGCACACUCUCUCCUCAACACCACCUUUCCCCUUCGAUCCUCCUCAUAAAUCCAAAGUUUCUUUAUUUGCAUGUUCUUGUACAGCGCGUCGUUGUUACUGUCCGGUGUGCAACUGUGCGGUAUGAAGUGAUAUAUGCCAUUACCAUCGUAAAAUUCGAUGAUGUAUAUGUAGGUUCUGUUGUUAAGGUUUAGGUCAAGGUUUGGUAGUUCCCCAGUUUCAUUUCUGGACCGUGUAACAUGGAUUCUGGAUUUCUGGGUUUAAUUUAGAUUUAGACCAAACAAAUAUAAGUUUUAAAAUAAUGUAUAUAUAUAUAUAUAUAUAUAUAUAUAUAUAUAUAUAUAUAUAUAUAUAUAUAUAUAUAUAUAUACUGUUGUUUAAUACUCUACUGUCUCCUAAAUUUGAGUAAUAAAUCAAUAUUAAGAGAUUUCUAGGUUUUAAA